AUGGUAAUAUCCGUUUACAGGAAAGCACCUGUUCGGCUAACGUCAGACUCACCGAAAUACGAACUCAACACACACCGCAAAGCGCUGGUGUGUCAUGACAACUUGCAGCGACAUACACUUUUGGUUACUUUUGAUCUUGUUGGUUUCACGUACUUGCUCAAAGCGGGAGGCCGACAGCUCUGAGCCUCACAGCAGCCGCGAAAUUUCCUAACAGCGGCUGUGUUUCAGUUACACCCCCGUGAUCCUUCUCUCUUACUGGAGUAACUCCUUAAGUAUGUGUCACUUUGCGCCAGGGCUGUGACCAAACAGAACGUCUCGCAGGAGUACCGGCGGCAGACGCAGCUCUUCAAUUUACCAUUGACAAUGUCAUCAGAAAGCAUAGAUCUCGAGACGGAGCUGGGGGAUGUGAUGCAGGAGUUUCACAAUGUAAUGGAGGAUCUCAUGGCACCAUCUUUAAGCACGCCGCAUCUCUACGAACAUCACCUGACCCAAGCAAAGAGAAGCAGUCAGGGGAACAUCAGCGCUCGUGACCACGGGACUGAAGAAAAUGAAGAGCAAUCCUUGGGAAGUAGGAUGAGUAGUGACAAGAACGAUCACGGUACAGCGAACUCGACCGCAACAUCGAAAGCAAAACUGGGAGACACAGAUGAACUUCAGAGCUUCAUCGACAAUCUGGAUGCCGUUCUGGCGGAAAUAUAGCCUUUCAGAGCAUGCCAACAAUUACAGCGCUGGGAGCGGACGGAUCUGUAGGAUGACUAACCGGUCCUGUGCCGACUGUCAUUUGCCCCUGAGAAGAGUGCAAAAACAGCGAGAGGAGAAAUCCCCUGCUUUUCUAAACGUAUGCAAUAAUGUGUUUCAAACCAUGAAAAGCACGAACGCUCGGGUCGUUAUUUACGGAGUGGGCAAGUAUUCGCCGGCCAGCAAUAAAAGUGAAGGCAAGAAAACAACUAGCUUUUAUACGUGACACCUGCUCUGAAGAAGAACCAGAUGACCACACGUGAGUCCUUGAGGACUGGACUAAACUUGGACAGCGGUUUAUAAAUCUUUUACUUAAUUAAAAUGCAUCCUUGAGAUUUUGGGGUCCUGAAUUCACCUCCCACAGACCUGUAUCAGCAGAUUUGUAAUUAGUAAGGAAAACUUGACAGGCUGCCAGCAGAGCUCAGUGGCUCCCAGAGGAGCUCUGCUUUAAUUAUUAUACACACAUAACAUAAACCUCACAAUUUUCCAAAACCCAUUUAUUAGCUGUAGUCCAUGCACAAAUUAAAACCUUCUGCUCAGAA